AUGUACAAAACGGGGUGUUUCGAUUUCAACUCCGGACCUGUCUACAAAGAUGUCGUUAUCGAUGACCUGAUAACAACUGGCGGCGGCGAAUCAAAUGCGCCGGUCGUCGAAAUAAACUUAGAUGUGGUUCCGGUCACCGAGGCAGAAGCUGUCGCACCUGUCGUCGAAGAAGAGAUCGCUGCGGAAACUGCACCCGAAACAAUUGCCCCUGCCGAGGCCCCUGUGGCAGAAGAAGCUGCAGCUGAAGUCCCAGUAGAAGAGCCCAUCGUCCUUGCAGCACCAACAGAGGAAACCCCAACUGAGGAACCCGCUACAACACCGUCCGAAGAACCUGUUGCUGCCACUACUGACGAAUCUGGGGCAGCCCCUUCACCUCCAAGAGAUGAACCACCACCGCCGCCUCCACCUGAGGAUACUCCAGCAACGCCGCCUCCACCACCACCCGCAACGGCUGGGGAUUCCUCCCCGAUUGCACCUGGAGAUUCUUCAUCAACUGGUGCAUCGGUAGCAGAAAAAGAUGCCCAAACUGUAGCCAUCGAUUGGUCCAAGAUCCCUGACAUCCCAACUCAUGUUCCAUAUUUGUUGGUUGGCGCAGGAACUGCAUCAUUCGCGGCUUUUAGGUCAAUCAGGUCAGCUGAUCCUAAGGCCCAGGUGCUUGUUGUUGGCGAAGAGUCCUACGUCCCCUAUAUGCGCCCUCCACUUUCAAAAGAGCUUUGGUUCAGUGAAGAUGAGUCAACUGUUGAAACCCUCAAAUUCAAACAAUGGAAUGGAAAAGAAAGAAGCAUUUUCUUUGAGCCGGAAGCUUUCUAUGUGGAACCGAAAAAGCUGCCAUUUCAGGAGAAUGGAGGAGUCUCUGUGUUAACCGGACACAGAGUUGUAAAAAUAGACCCGAAGAAGCGGCAAGCAUAUCUUGAUAAUGGCAGCAUCAUAACAUAUGAUAAGUGCCUAUUGGCCACGGGGGGCACCCCCAAAAACCUGCCAAACAUCUCUUCUGCAGGUGAAGAAGUGGGAAAGCAUACGACUUUGUUUCGAAACAUCGAUGAUUAUCGCAGCUUGGAAAAAUCUUUGGGUGGUGCUAAAUCAGUUGCUAUCGUUGGUGGGGGUUUCUUGGGCAGUGAACUGGCAUGUGCCCUGGGUAAAAGAUCCAAGAAUUCUGACUUGGAGGUGUUUCAAGUAUUUCCAGAAUCUGGGAAUAUGGGUAAAGUAUUACCAGAAUAUCUUAGCACUUGGACCACCAACAAAGUGCAAAGUGAAGGGGUCACAGUUCUUCCAAAACGGGUUGUGAAAACUGCCUCAAUGAAAGGUGAUAAAGUGUCGUUAACUUUUGAGGAUGAAAGCACACUAGAUGUUGAUCAUUUAAUUGUUGCUGUGGGUAUUAAGCCAAACACAGAACUAGCAAAAACUUCCAGCCUUGAGAUUGAUGAGAAAUAUGGAGGUUUCUUAGUAAAUGCUGAACUCGAGGCCAGGUCCAACAUUUGGGUAGCUGGAGAUGCAGCUUGUUUUUAUGAUAUUAAACUUGGUCGUCGUCGGGUGGAACACCACGAUCAUGCUGUGGUAAGUGGUCGUUUAGCUGGGCAGAAUAUGACAGGGGCUGGCAAAGCAUAUUGGCAUCAGUCAAUGUUUUGGUCAGACUUGGGUCCCAGUGUGGGUUAUGAAGCCAUAGGUAUAGUUGAUUCCAAAUUGCCUACAGUUGGGGUAUUUGCUAAGGCAACUGCCAAAGAUACUCCCCAAGCAGUUGUUGAAGAGACUGGUGAAGGACUCAGAUCAGAAACAGAAUCUAGUGCUCAACCAUCUAUGGUUCCUGGAGAAUUACCAAAAGUAGUAUCAGAAGACGAUUAUGGUAAAGGGGUUAUAUUCUAUCUUAGAGAUAAUAUUGUGGUCGGUAUUCUUCUAUGGAAUGUUUUUAAUAAAAUGCCAAUUGCUCGCAAAAUCCUUAAGGAUGGCGCCGAGAGUGAAGAUCUGCAUGAAGUUGCCAAAUUAUUUAAGAUUCAUGAAACGUGA